ACCCACACCAAACGGCACGGCCAAAUCCAAAGCCAAGUCGCACUCCUCCUCUCCUAUCCUCUUCCUCGCCGAGGCGGCGACCGGCCAGCGCCGCGACCGCAGCCCCGGACGCUGCCACCGCCACCCCCCGCGCGUCUCCGAUUCGGCCCUCCCGGCGCCGCAGUAGCUAGGGCUCUAGAUCGCGCCGCGCGGGCGUCGCAGGGACCCAGAUCCGGACGGGCAGGGUUGAGAGGACGGGCUUUUUUGCGCCCUUUUGGUGUUCGAUUUUCGAAACGCCGUUGCCGAAGUUGGUCGCGAUUCUACCAUGGUUUCGCCGCCGGCCGCGGCUCAGAUCUGUCGCCCCUCGUGAAUUAUUACGUGGUUCUGGCGAAUUUGGGGCUCAGGAAAGAGGAGGAGCGACUUCUCUCUGGUGGUCGGAAAUUCAGGACAAGAUGCACUUCCUUGCAUCAUUUCACGGCCCUGCAGGUUUUGAGCUUUUGUCUGUUUCGCUGGGAUGGAUGCCAAGAAGUUCCUGCAGAUGGUCGAAGACAAGAAGAAGAGACUCCUCGAGAAGAAGGAAGCCCCACUGAAAUGGCAGCAGAAACUGGAAGCGGCAAUUAAGGCCACUGAAGAGAAGGAGAAGAAGCUCAAGUCAAAAAAGCACAGGAGGCGAAGCUAUUCUUCCUCAGAAUCUGACAGUGAAUCCGAGAGCGACAGCGAUCGGAAACACAGGAAGAGGAAGGACCGCAGAAGGCACAGGAAACAUGGCCACUCUGACUCUGAUGGUGCCAGGAGGCGCAAGCACAGGUCAAAGAGGAGGAGCUCAGACUCUAGCGAUGAGAGCGACAGUGAUGAAUAUGAUAGCGAAUCUGAAGAAGAGCGCCGAAGGAAGAAGCACUCGCACAGGAGGAAGCAUCGCCGUCACUCUUCAAGGUCAGAGUCUGAUGCUUCAGAUUACAGCAGCGAUGAUGAUGAGCGAAGGUCAACCAGGAAGGACCACACUAGGAGCCGGAGGCGCCGCCACCGAUCAUCAGACGAUGAAUCUGAGGACAAGAUCAGGUCAAGGCAUAGGAAGCGCCACAGAUCAAGUGACGAGGACAAGCCAUCAGAUUCUGACAACCAUAAGCGCCACAGGAGCCGCUCUCUGUCCUUGGAUGAUGGAGCUGCCGGUGAGCCAGACAAGAUGAAUGAUGGCAAGGGGUCUCACAAAAGCAGACACCCCCGCCGCCACCACCAUCACCAUCAUGAUCACCAUGCCAACUCUGCUGAACCCAGUGACGGGAAGCAACUCGUGUAAGUUGCUAAUGCCUCAGAACCUGAUUGGCAUCUUCACUGGACUCUGUGACGGCAAUGUUUGCUUGCCCCAGUUGGCCAGUUGCUGAAUGAAGGCGAUGUAUCUUUCAUAAUGUUACUGUCUCGGCUCUGCUGCGGCUUUCUGAAGCCUGUACUUGUUGUACCGAAACAUUUGGCGAAACCAGAUGUUAUUUCCAGCGUUUCCUCUGUUGUCAUAUGUUUGCUUGCUGAUUUGGUGGUUAAA